AUGAUAGCACUGGAACCAGAAGCCGCGGCGAAAUAUUGUCGGUUUCUACCUGCGGAAAAGACUGAACAUGAGGACUCAUUUUGCAAAUUUAAAACUGGAAGCAAAGUCCUGAGUAUUGAUGCAGAAGGAGGUACUGUUUACAUAAGUGUACAAGAGGUCGCAGAGAACGGUUCUAUGAAGAACAUCUACAAAGCUAGUGGCGGAGAUUGGGGCGAAGCGAAGGUGGACGAGGCUUAUGUGAAGUUUUUAGAAAACAUGUUAGUGGAAGACUGUUCCUUGAUUUCAGUGGUGUCGAUCAAAGCUGACAAAUUGAAGGUCAACGCGAGCGUUGUAACGAACUUUUUCAAGGCCCAAGUUGAAGCUAUAGUAGACCAAGUUUCCAACAUUAUUGAAUAUUCGAGGAUAGGUGACAUUGCGGCAGUCGUUCUAGUCGGAGGAUUUAGUAAUUGCCAUUUACUCAUGCAUGCUAUGAAGACAAAGUUUGAUGACCAUAAAAUCAUCGUCCCAAAUGAGCCAGACCUUAUAGUAUUGAAGGGGGCCGUGAUAUUUGGACAUAAACCAGAGCUGAUUUCCCAACGAGUGAACAAAUACACCUUCUACGGCGUAGAAAUAUAUGAGGAGUUUAUUGAACAAAUUCACAAAUCAUCUUAUAAAGUAAUAGACGAGGAAGGGGAUUCUAUGUGCAAAAAUGUCUUUGAUAAACAUAUCACAGCUGGGCAGUGCCUCAUUUAUGGAGAUGCACAAGGUGAAGAGGUCUACCAUCCAACAAGAGCAAGUCAAUGCGUUAUAAGCUUCCCUGUUUAUUUCACCCUUGACCCAGUUCCGAUGUACGUUACCGAUGAAGGUUGCCACAUUGCAGGUGUACUAAGAGUUCCACUAGAAGGAAGUGGAACUGACCGAUCUUGA